CGCGCACGGGAGCACAACAAAGGGAGUACAUAUUGAGAAACUUCGCCAGCUUUGGCCAAAAUCAACCUCCAGUAGAUAUCAAAAGGGCAGAAAUUGUCAAUCGGCGAAAGGUAACGCUAAGAAAGUCACACUUGCUAGUUUGCAGACGGUUGUUUUCAUUUCACUUUCGAGUCAUGGUGCUGCAUGAAGUUGAGAGAACGUUGUGUGAGUGCUGCAACAGGCUUCGAAGACGAGAAAUGGUUCAUCAUACCAUACACAGUGGAAAUUUUGAGCCAUCCGAGCUUAAGAUCGGAAGACUCUUGGGCAGCGGUGGCUUUGGAUCCGUUUACGAGGCGACAUAUUGUGGGGAGCGAAUAGCUAUAAAAAAGCUUCAUCAGGGAACAAAGAAUGAGAGGGCCGCACUGGAAAGUUUCGAGGCUGAAAGCUCCAUUCUACAUUUCAGACAUCCGAACAUUGUGCGAACGCUCGCAGUAUUGACCAUAAUGGAGACUCGUUGCAUAAUAAUGGAGUUUGCCGGCGAGAGAAACUUGCAAAGCGUCAUAAACGAUCCAUUUGAGGAGUUGGAUGCUAAUCGACGCAGAAAAUUCUCCUUAAAUAUUGCAACUGCUUUACAAUUUGCCCACCAGCAAGGGCUCGCACAUCUAGACUUAAAACCGGGAAAUGUGCUCGUCACCGCCGAAGAUCAAUGCAAACUGGCUGAUUUUGGGUGCUGCCGCGCCGUUGAGGAAAACAAUAAGCCAGCCAGCCCGACAAAAUCGAACUUGACUGGAACAUAUGCUUACAGGGCACCGGAACUUCUAAAAGGCGAAAGCCCGACAACGAAAGCGGACGUUUAUUCGUACGGAAUAUGCUUGUGGCAAAUGCUGAAAAGAGAACAACCGUAUGGAAACGAGAAUCAACAUGUUAUUAUUUUUGGAGUUGUCGCCUAUCAGCUGCGACCCGAAUUGAACGACGAAAUUACAGGAGAUGGACAAUAUGUAAAUUUAAUCAGACAAUGUUGGCAGGCAGAGGCGAAAUUUAGACCUACAGCCUCAGAGAUCGUUGCCAAGCUGCAACAAAUCAAAGCUGAAACAGAUUUCAGCAAAGAAAGGUUGAGCGAAAAGCUUUGCGAUCAUCAGGUGUGCCUUCAAAACAGCAGAUUGCACUAACUGCACUUGAAAAUUAUUGGACAGCCUAAUUUAUCUAUUUUUCCGGAAUUUCAAUACACACCUUUUUUAGUUAGAUGACAUGUGAUUGUGAACUCGCAACGUGAGUACCCAAGACUUCUUACCUUCCAAUCGAGAGAACAUUCAAUAGAAAAUAUGUUUUUUCAUAAAAAUAAAUGAGGUUAUAUUAAUUGUAAACAUUUGUGUAAUAAUAUUUCUUAUACGUAAACGGCGUUCCUGCCAAGCCAAAA